AUGCUUCUCACUGCUUCGUAUACCUGUCAACUUUGGCGUAAGAUAAUUUAUAAUGAAUGGUUUCUCAACAAGUACUCUACAGGUGGAAUUAGCAAACAUCAACUUAUUGGAUGGUGGAAAUUUGAUGAUAUAAAUAAUAUAGGAUUUGAUUCAAGUGGCGUAUUGGGUGACCGCUACCAUGUAUUCGGUCAACCCACGAUAGAGGAUUGUUUCUUGGGUAAAUGUGCUGUAUUCGAUGGUCGAUCAUUCAUCGAUUUGCCUGUAAACGACAAGUUCGAAUAUCAAACCGAUGUAUACUCCGUGUCUAUAUGGUUUUGGGCUGAUUUAUCAGCAUGGGCACGAGAUCAACGGGAAGGUGGAUGGCGAACAGCGAUCGGUUCAUGGCAUGACUGGUAUCCGACCGAUCAUGCAUGGCUUCAUCUUGGUUUUCAUGUUGACAUGAAUAUUAGUAAUCAAGUAAUGAUCUCUGCAGCACAAUAUGCAUUCAACUGUCAAGACAGUCAAAAGAUAGAACCAUGUCGAUGGUAUCAUGUUGUUGUUCGAGUCAAUCGUAAUCGACAAGAACUGUGGGUUAAUGGAGAACAAGUGAGCAAUGUCGAUAUGACUCGUGCAUAUCUUCGUCACGAAGUGCGUGAACCUUAUCGACAAAAUUGGGAUGAUUCACAGUGGCAUAUGCAAAAGAUGCAUUUACCGAAUAUUCUCUGUCUUGGAUCGAAGAGUAGUCAACACCAUAAUCCAUGGAUAGGCAAAAUUGCCGAUGUAUCAAUUUGGCGACGAUGGCUUAAACCAUUUGAAAUUCGCGCCUUGCAUCAACAACAAGUAUCCAUUGAUAAAGUGAAACUAGGCUCAUUCAUACUUGGGAAAUAG